AGCCUGGGCAGGGGAGGGAGGGGCCAGGAAGCGGCGAGCGCGCCGGGGAGCGCAGCUGCGGGCGUGGGGGCGGCAGGAGCCGCGGAGCCGGCACCGGGAGAGGCUGCGGCUGGAGCGGCGGCCGAGACAAAGGCGCGGAUAGGGCCAGUUGCGAGUUUGUGGGUGUUUGACUGAAACCUGGAACCCAAAUGAGAAGAAACCUUCAAGGAACAACUUCUAUUGACAGUGAGUCUGCAGUCAUCUGUAUGCGUAAUAUGGAAUGUUCUCAACCCAGAGAUAGCUAACUGGGUGACUCCGUUGACAAGGAGUGACUUGCCAAAAACAAGGUUUCGGAGAGCACCACAACAUUCCUCCAAUCUUCAAAACUGUUGUCCAAAAAGUUGACUGGAAACUUGAUUCUUCCUAACCUAUGCACUUCUGGAAGUACUUUGUUGUUGCCAAAGCACAGGUGCUGCAGACUGCCUGUUAGACGCCCUGAGUCAAGACAACAAUUUUUAUACCUUCCUGGUGGUUGGGAAACGAAUCUCUGUAGAACGAGAAACAGAGAAAGGAAAACAGUUUGACUUCUUCAUUAAAUUGACUGUAUAAGAUACUUGACUUCCAAGAACAAAAACAGAAGUAAUAAAAUUAUUUUUUUUUUGGCAUCAUUGAACAUUCAGCCUAUCAAGGAGCGUGCUUUGUGAAGCUUCCUGAGCUAAGAUUUGAAAACUUUACUGGUGCUCAUUUAUACUGUGGACUAUAAGCAUGAGUGAAUUCUGGUUGUGUUUCAACUGCUGUAUUGCAGAACAGCCUCAGCCUAAAAGGCGCCGGCGGAUUGACCGAAGCAUGAUUGGAGAGCCAACAAAUUUUGUGCACACGGCUCAUGUAGGAUCGGGAGACCUGUUCAGUGGAAUGAAUUCAGUUAGCUCCAUCCAGAACCAGAUGCAGUCCAAGGGGGGCUACGGGGGUGGGAUGUCUGCCAGCGUGCAGAUGCAGCUUGUGGACACAAAGGCUGGAUAGCCCCUCCUCCCAAGUGUGAUGGCAUCUUGUUCACCCUGUUGUGAUUCCUCCAGUGAGACGUUCUUGUUCUGCUCUGAAGAAGCUGUUGUCAGAUGAACCCUGCAUUUCCUUCAGCUGGCAUGCAUGCCUUUGGACUCACGGACUUUGGAUCGUGGCUUAAUUUUUAUCAAUUACGGAUCUGAUCUUAGCAUGAUCUUUUUUUGUGAAUGCUAGCACUAUUUUGCUCCCCCCCCCCAUUUUGAAAGUUUCUAUUUCCAUCUCCAACCCUCUGCCUUAUGAGUUUGUUGGUAAGGUAGGACCUGCUAUUGUUAAUUUGUUACUGUUUCUGUAUAUUUUGGAAGGUAUGACACCCACAAGCACAAUGAUCAUUUUUAUUCAUUUGAAACAUUGAGAAUAGAUAUCUGCAUGCUUUAUGAAGUUGCUUUGGGAGCCCACGGGAGGCCAGAAAUGAGUGUUUCUUUGCUGCUGUGGGCUGAGGGUAGCUGCUACUGUUAGAGAAAGGUUAGCUGUGGCACCAAGUCGCGUCAGUUUCACACACAGACACAAAGGUAACCUGUAGCUUAUUUUAGAAUCAAAAUCUGGCAUUCAUAAGGCAUUCAUUUGGUUGUAAAUGUUCAGUAUAUUUAUUUUGAGAGCAAGGACCUGUGAACAGGUGUGGGUAUAUAUCAGCGUUGUGGUGAUGCCCUUGUCCAGUCUCACUGUGUACUCAUUCUGUUUGUACUUGUUUUUAUUUUAAUGCAAUGGGAUCUGUUUGUUAACUCCUGGCCGGUAGUACCACCUGCAGAGUCAUUGGCUUCUCCACAGUCAGACCUGUGUGGGGGCAAUGGAAGUUAACCCAGAGCAAUACAGUGACUUCGCUGAAUCGUUGCCAGUGAAAACAAUCUGUGGAGAGACUGUUUUUUUUCUAGGACAGUGAUGAGAAACCUUUGCUCAGGCUCCAAAAUGUUGAUUCUUCACAAAUUAUGUGUAUUUCUGUAAGUACCUUCCCUAUGAGGGUGUAGUGUAUGUAUGUUCAUUAGUCUGAUUCAGUCCUAACGGUGUUAGUAGGAUUAACAUUUUAUGCAGCAAAUGGGACUUAAGUGAAAAUGUAGAGAGCUAAGAAAUUAGAUAAGUAAUUGAAUAAAGAGUAAUUGUUUUCUCUGCAUCUUAGUCCCGGGGUCUUAUGAACCGGGUAACUAGAUAAAUAGCCAGCUUAUAAAGGCAAACCAGGAAAGCAUUUCUCCAUCAGUGCUUUUGAAUUUACCCAGUGCAGUGGGGUGCUGGAUUACUCAGUGCUUGGGUUUCUGCAAUUUGAGGCUUAAUAAGUGGCAGUCCCAAAGAGAGAGCCUGUCAAGGAAACAUUUAUGCUUAGUAAAACAAAAAACAAAAAAAAAAACCAGGCAUUUUUGCAGUUGACUUUACUGU